UAAUUGAGAAACAACAAGGUCAAUAUCAUAAUGAGUGCGUAGUUCGUAUACGAUGUUCCAGUUACGAAUCUCUGUCGUCGAUUUGUCAGUUAGAAUCUGCCAUGACGCGGGUGGAGACGCGAAGUCCACAAGCCUUAUCCGUCAAGACGAGUCAAAAAAGUGCUAAUUUCUGUCGAUUUCUUACCGCGAUCGCUUUAUCUGCUUUCCUAACUGCAGUAUAUUUUGUUGUUAAAAAAUCCGACGAAUCUUUAGGCGAUCCAUCUGAUCAAUUCGUGGUGAAAAACAUUCCCAAAGUCUACACUCAGCUAGAAGACAUCGAUCCUGAGGAUAGAGAAGUAUUUCAAGGAUUUAAAACGUCGUUCUUGCCGCCAGAAGAAAUAAUCCUUGCUGGCACUAAUUCAAAAGUUAAACACGAAGUUUAUGAAGGAAAUGUUACUAGUGAUAUAUUGAUAUGGGGAGGUCUGAAUAAGCACCAUGGGACACCAACUAGAGUUAAACGCCUGAGUCACUUCACAUUUACUUCACAAAAUUAUGACCAAGAUGUGUCAUCAUAUCGAAAACUCAAAGAUGACGUCCGAGAAGAUGUCGAAGACAAUGAAAGUGAAAUCGACGAGGAAUAUGAAUCAUCAGACGCCAGCGAACAGUAUGACGAUGAUGAAAACAUUGAGAGUAUGGUGCCUGAAACCCACGUAGACCGGGGUCCCUUGGAUGAUGUGGUAGAGCAAGUUAGAGGACAACCAGAGCUUGAAGAAGGCGAGAUGGGAUCAUCGGCACGACUUUACAAGCCAUCGAGAUUUUAUACAGGUAUUCAUGCGUUCUGGAAAGGUCAAGGUGACAGAGAAACAAUUAGAAAAACACAAGCGAACAUAAUGAGGCAAUACAUGGACGCAGGGGCUGAUCCAUGCUAUGACUUUUAUCAGUACGCCUGCGGUAAUUGGGCUGCUCUUAAUCCCAUACCCGCAGACAAAGCUGGGUAUGAUACUUUUGAAAUGUUACGAGAGAAUCUAGAUACAGUUCUCAGAGAACUAUUGGAAUUUAAACCGAAUGAACGGAUCACUAGCAUAUAUCCAGGGAAAAAUUUAGACAUCCAAAACAAUUUAAUUAAUGAAGUUAACAAAGCUUCAUAUAACUUUGUCCUAGAUGUAAUAGAUACACAUUCUAAAGUAAUUAAUGAUACAGCGGGGGAUGAAUAUCGCUAUGAUGUUAAUGCUAAAGCUGAGAAUUCAGAAAUUGUAAGUCGUAUUCGGCGGUACUUGGAUAAAAAAUCGAAAGAAAUAAUGAAACCUAUAUCGAGAUUUAAAGAUAAGUUUCACAAAAAUAACAGACUAAAGAAAGGAAGGCUAAAGAGGGAUACAAGUAAUAGUUUUACAAAAUAUACAGGAUCUAGAGACAUUAAUAAAAAUAAUGCGAAAACUCAACACACAAGAUUUGGCAGAAAGUUGCAAAUGUAUACUAGGAGAAUCAAACGUAAAAAAGAAAGAGAACCUACCGCUCGAAGAGCAGAUCAUAAACACAUAUCUCAACACGAUCCUGCCAAUGGUGACGCUGCAUUAAAAGCUAGAUUUUUAUUCAAAUCAUGCAUGAACAAUGAAAUCUUAGACAGACGUGGACAUCAACCCUUAUUAGACUUGCUAAAUUUGCUAGGUGGCUGGCCCAUAUUGGAUCCAAAUUGGAAUGAAACAAACUUCGACUGGCUAGAACUAAUGGCGAAACUGAGACUUUACAAUAACGACAUACUCAUUUCUGAAUGGGUGGGCCCUGAUAUCAAAAAUUCUGAUGAAUUUGUCAUUCAGUUUGAUCAAACAAGUUUAGGUUUACCCACAAGAGAUUAUUUUUUACAAGAUAGUAACAAAAUAUAUUUGGAAGCUUAUAAAAUAUAUUUGACAAAGAUCGCUUUGUUACUUGGAGGGGAUCCUCAACAUGUUAAGACCAGUGCAGAUGAAUUGAUUAAUUUUGAAAUCAAACUGGCGAAAAUAACGUCAGCACCAGAGGACAGAAGGAACGUUUCAGAGUUGUAUCGAAGGAUGCCGCUGCGCAAACUCGAAGAGUUGGUCCCGAAAGUGAAAUGGCGUCGAUAUCUCUGCGUUGUUAUGAACAGAACCGUACAUUCUGAUGAAACUGUUGUUCUUUUUGCACUUAACUAUGUGCGGCACUUAGUCCAAUUGAUAGAGCAAACGAAGUCGAGCACUCUAUCAAAUUACCUAAUGUGGAGAUUUGUGAGGCACAGGGUCAACAACCUAGACGACAGGUUUCAAUCGGCCAAACAGCAGUUUUAUUAUUUGUUAUUCGGCCGCGAACAAGCCCCUCCUAGAUGGAAGAACUGCAUCUCCCAAGUAAACUCAAACAUGGGUAUGGCCUUAGGUUCGAUGUUCGUCAGAAAAUACUUCGAUGAAAUAAGCAAAAACGACACACUGUUCAUGACUAGAGAAAUACAACAAUCUUUCAAAGAGUUACUACAUCGAACUGAUUGGAUAGAUGAUAAAACAAAGAAAUUAGCAGCGCACAAGAUAGAUGCAAUGAUGCUACGGAUAGGUUACCCGGACUUCAUAUUAAAUAAGAAAGAACUAGACGAACGGUACAAAGAAGUAAUCAUUUAUCCCGAUAAAUAUUUUGAGAAUAUAUUGAAUAUAUUGCAACAUUUGACGAAGAUGGAACAGAUGCGUAUCGGACAACCAGUAAACAAGACGCUAUGGAACACAGCGCCAGCAGUGGUGAACGCGUACUACAGCCGCAACAAGAACCAAAUCAUGUUCCCAGCUGGUAUAUUACAACCGCCGUUCUACCACAGGCAUUUCCCACGCUCCCUCAACUACGGAGGAAUUGGAGUUGUUAUUGGACAUGAAAUAACCCAUGGCUUUGAUGAUAAAGGCCGACUGUUCGACUGUGAUGGUAACCUGCACCGCUGGUGGUCAGAUUCUGCCAUUGAAGCGUUCCAUCAUCGAGCGCAAUGUCUGAUAGAUCAAUACGGACAAUACGUUGUGCCUGAAGUGAAUAUGAAGUUGGACGGAGUGAAUACACAGGGUGAGAAUAUAGCCGACAAUGGUGGUGUGAAGCAAGCGUUUCGCGCCUACUUACACUGGGUACAACGACACGGCACAGCUGGAGAGACCUUACCCGGACUGAACCACACGCACACGCAGUUGUUCUUCCUCAACUUUGCGCAGGUUUGGUGUGGAGCAAUGCGACCUGAAGCAAUGAGAAACAAACUUAAAACGGCCGUCCAUUCUCCAGGACGCUUCAGAGUUAUUGGCACUUUAUCAAACUCACACGAUUUCGCGCGAGAGUUCAAAUGCCCGCCCGGAUCUCCCAUGAAUCCCACUGACAAAUGCACUGUUUGGUGAUCAAGAUGACUUAUUCUACUGUAAGCGAAUACGUAAUAAACUAAAUCGAAGCAAUUUCGGAAGUGGACCAACUAUAAAAUUUGUUCAAUAGCUUGAUUUUUAAAAACACGCAUAUUACUUACACACUUAUAUAAGAUAGUGUUCGGUAUUGAAGAGAUAAGCUUUGAAGCAGUAUGAACUUUAAGUAAAAGAAAUAUGACUUGAAUUACUAUACAUAAUUAAGUGAACAUAAAAGCCUGCGCACACCGGAACGGAGAGGCAGAGGAAUUCGCCACCGGUCAGCCCACAUUAGUCGCUUAAAUGCUGUAGUAUUCCGGAAACUUACCAAGACACCACAACGAACCGCGGCAUUCCACGUCACGUCGAAAUAUACCUCGACAGCACCUGCUGUCUGAUAAACAUUUUAGUUAUAAGUUGCGUUUGCACGAGUAUUGUUCUUGCUUGAAGUUUUAAAAUGGUAAAUUUUUAAUAUCGAUUAUUGCAAAUAAAAAAGAUGCCCAUGUUAAUGCUAGGGUUAAAAGAUUAGUUGACACUCUAUGGAAAGAAAGAAAAAUGCACUGCCUCACUUCGCGGCAUGACACGGCGUCCUUCGGUGUGCUGUUGCAUAUCGCAGUGCGCCCCGGCAUUCCUUAGCGCACCUUCCAAUGCCAUGUCAAGAAAUCCAUUACGAUACCACGGAAUCAAUUUAAACCUUUGAAAUUUAUUUCGUAUUCCUACUAAAUAAGUUUGAAUGUCCUUUAGUAAUAAUUUUAAUACUCUACCAUUCAGACCCGGUGUGCAUAGGCUUUAAAUAUAUUAAUUACUGAAUCGGCAACGUAAUCCCGAAAUAUUUACUAAAUAUUUUGUAGAUCCUAUUUAAAGUAUAAUUCAACAACAAGCUCUAUUGUGAUUCUUAUAGUAAAAUAUUUAAGAUGUUGUUUAUAAUUAUUUACCGUGUUAUUUUCAAUAAAUAA